AAAGAUGGCGUCAAUGUAAAUAUGUGAAUAUUUUGGUGUUUGUUUAGACAGGAGGCGGUGAGGAGUCGCUGGGUUUAGAUUAGCCUUCCCGAAAAUAUGUGCAUCUGAGGACGGAUGGAAAUGGAGUAUUUCGGCAGUUUGACUCCUCCAGGAAACAUUUUCUGGAAUAUUUAUCCAAGAAGGACUUUUCUCUUUUCUUGUGUUAGCUAUGAAGUAGUUAGCUUAGCCGGCUACCGGUUUAGCAACCUAGCUAAUGUCACAGCUCGAAGCUAAACUUGACUAAACUAACUAGCUUUCUGUUUAGCUUAGGCGACUUUAGAUAUAUGUAUUAUCUACCAGUCGUAAUUUACACUAAUUGUUCGAGUCGUUUAAAAUAAUUUGUCUAUUCAAAGCUUGUGGUUGUUUAUUUCCGUAUUGUUUAUUAAUUGUUCCUUGACUGACAGGAGGAGGUUUACUAUAAUGCUUUAACUGUUUACGUGUACUUUUAUUAAAGAGAGUUUCGGAUCUCUAGGAAGGAAAAAAGUCGUUUUCCUUUCACGAUCAGUAGGGGGGAGAAAAUCUAGUUUUAAUGGGUAAAAUAGGUGUAAGAGCAGAGAAGAGUCCCUGCUUCAGCUGCUCGGUUAUGGUGCUGCUGCCUGUUGUGCUCUUUAGUGGCAUUUUGUGUGGAGCUGCUGAUCAAGAUGGCCAGAUCAUGUCUGCUGAGGAAAAGUCCAAAAUCAGGGAACAAAUUUUGGAGAUGUUCGAUCACGCUUAUGGAAGUUACAUGAAAUACGCAUACCCAGCUGAUGAGCUGAUGCCACUGAGCUGCAGGGGGAGGGUUCGAGGGAUGGAGCCAAAUCGUGGAGACAUUGAUGACUCCCUGGGAAAGUUCUCUCUGACACUGAUCGACACCUUAGACACACUAGCACUAUUGAACAGGAUGGAGGAAUUCGAAGAGGCUGUGAAGAAGACCAUUACAGACGUCAGACUGGACAACGAUGUGGUGGUGUCUGUUUUCGAGACCAACAUCCGUGUGCUAGGAGGACUGCUCGGAGCACAUGUGAUGGCUGACCUGCUAAAGCAGCAGGGAGAGAGGAUGCAAUGGUACAGAGAUGAGCUGCUGCACAUGGCCAAAGACCUUGGCUACCGCUUACUGCCUGCCUUUAACACCACUAGUGGCCUUCCGUACCCAAGGGUGAACCUGCGCUAUGGGGUCCUGGACCCUCUGUCCCGCACAGGCACCGAGACGGACACCUGCACUGCCUGUGCCGGCACCAUGAUCUUAGAGUUUGCUGCACUAAGCCGACUCUCUGGGGAAUCCGUGUUUGAGGAGCAUGCACGGAAAGCUUUGGAUGUCCUCUGGGAGAGGAGGCAAAGAGGAAGUAACCUUGUGGGCACAGUCAUCAACAUCCAUAAUGGAGACUGGGUCCGCCGGGAUAGUGGUGUCGGAGCUGGAAUAGACUCUUACUAUGAGUACCUAAUGAAGGCGUAUAUUCUUCUGGGAGACAAUGUAUACCUCGAGAGGUUUAACACUCACUACAUUGCCAUAAUGAAGUACAUCAGCCAGCCACCUCUGCUGCUUAGUGUGCACAUGCACAACCCCACAGUGAAGGUUCGCAGCUGGAUGGACUCUCUGCUGGCUUUUUUCCCUGGACUGCAGGUUCUAAGGGGAGAUCUGAAGCCUGCUAUAGAAACACACGAGAUGCUCUAUCAAGUCACUAAACAGCACAAGUUUCUUCCUGAGGCUUUCACCACUGAGUUCAGAGUUCACUGGGGUCAACACCCUCUGCGGCCAGAGUUUGCCGAGAGCACGUACUUUCUUUACAAGGCUACAGGUGACCCGUAUUACCUCAAAGUGGGCCAGUCUAUAGUUGAGAAGCUCAACACUCACGCGCGAGUCCCCUGUGGCUUUGCAGCAGUACAGGAUGUUAGGACGGGGACACACGAGGACAGGAUGGACUCCUUCUUUCUUGCUGAGAUGUUUAAGUACCUCUAUUUGCUCUUCUCUGAGAAAAGUCAGUUGCCUUUUGAUAUCGACGACUAUAUCUUCACCACUGAGGCUCAUCUGCUCCCAGUCUCUCUGUCUAGUGCGCAAACUCCCUGUAAAGGCAACAGCACGGGCCUUUACACUGCUCAUGAAGAGGACAUGUUUACAUUCGCUUGCCCCAGUGCUCAGACCCUGUUCCCUAAUAACCCCACCUUUGCCAAGACCAUCAGGGACCGUUAUAAAUACCUCACCGGGGUUGGAAGGCCACCCCAUACCUCUUCUUCUGUCAAGGGAAUUGAGCUGCCUCUUCAUGACACUGGAAUCGAGCCAGUCGAGUUCCUGAAAAGCAUGGGCAUCUCGCUUACCCCUUUUGCAGAAAUGGCAGCGGCCAGCGGCGGCUCGGUGACCCAGGAUGCCCAAAAAGGUGUGUUCAGAGUAAAGCUGGUAGCUGAGGUCAGCCAUACACCUGAAGAAGAGGAGGUGGUGCCACUUAUCGUGCAGCUCAUCUCACCUCCGUUUUUAGGGAGAACGGUCUUGACAGCAGGACCUGCUAAAUUUGGUAUGGAUCUCACCAAGCAGGAGCAUGGGGUCAAGGGUAGCCUAGUAAAGAGCGUUCCUUACAAAGCAUGUGGACACAUUGAGAAUGCGAUGGAGCUGCAGGGCCACAUAGCCGUAGCUCUGAGAGGAGACUGCAUGUUUGCAGUUAAAGCUCGGCGAUUACAGCAGGCGGGGGCCAUUGGAGUCAUCUUUAUAGAUCAGCGAGAAGACAGCAGCAGUGCUGAGACGCCUCUGUUCCAGAUGGUGGGAGACGGGGAGUCAACAGAGGACAUCACGGUGCCGCUGGUCUUCCUGUUCAGCCGAGAAGGGGACGUUCUUACUGCCGCCCUGCAGGAGCACCAUAACGUAGACGUCCUCCUUCUACCCAAAGAGCGACAGCUGGGGAAGGAAAAAAAAGAGAAACUGAACAUCAAGUUCCGUCUGGCUAAAGAGAAUGAGCACGAAGAGACUGCAGGAGAUAGAAAUACCAUCCGGCUGGUGCUGGAAGGAAAGAUGGAGACUGAGGUCGAAAUUGAGCGAGAGGUCCAAGAGUCAAAAUCCCAGAGCACUGUGUUCUCUGCAGGGGAAAACCAGGAGUCCUGCAGCCCAGAGCUACAAAAUCUUGAGAGUGGCCCGUGAUGCUGGAAUCUGAUCAGUACAUCGACCCAUUCGUUCAAGCCCAGGCCGCUGCCAGCUUGUGGCUGAUCCAGGAUCAGAGAUUACGGCUAGACCUUCUCCCAACUGAUGGAGCUCAGUAUACGCCGGGUCCCACAUGGACUGGACCGGUUUCUAUUCUCUUAAAAUGAAGAACGAGGUUGAUUCGUGUAAUUUAUAGUUAUUGGGACAAUGUACGGUAUAGGAAGUAAGUAGAAGAGGUAUGCAAAGCUGUAGUCUUACUUCCUUCUUCUUCCAUCUACUGCCAUGACAUACAUGUACUGUAGUGGUUGGGAUCAGUUCAUCUGUGUGAAUAACAGGUGAAAUAAUUCAUGAUUAAGAAACGCACAGUUGGCUGUGAGCUUUAGUAAGACACACUCAGGGCCCAACACUCUAUUUUUAUUUUCCACAGAAGCAUUUAUCAUUUUUGGCAUUAAGGAUUAUUUUCUUGUCUGUCAGUUGACUGUAGAAGGAGUUUCAUGGGGUUGUUCAGUGUUCUGCUUAAUUGUUUACACUUGAAAAUCCAUGCCGUGACGUCAGGUCACCUAUGACCAAACCAGAAACAGCAGUGUUGAAUACAUUGGGAACAUAAUGGUUACACAGGGAAGAAUGGGCCAGCACGCUCAAACUUAAGUUCAACCACAAUUUUGUUUUCAAUACUAAAAUCAGGGAAAUUAAAAGUGCUAAAACUUGAACACGUGCAUGUCCGUGUGCAUGCAUAGCGUCACGUGUGUGUGUGUGUGUGUAUAUCUGUGAAGACUGCAGUGUUCUUACACUAUGGACUGCCUUAUGUGCCAGCAUUCGGUUUGUGAGGUCGUGUUUAGUCACCCGUCGUUCAUACACCAUAGACACAUUCGUUCAUCAUCUUUCACAGAAUGAAUGUUGACUGGUGUUUUUAAUGUUUAGGUAAUCAGUGAUGGUUUUUCAGAUUUGUAGCAAUUUUGCAUUAUCCUUUUUCCAGCAUUAGUCCUCUCUCGGUUUACGUCUCUCCGAUUCUGUCACGUCCUCACUUUAAACACUAAUAUAACUAUUACAUUGUUGAGACCAAGAUCAAGGGUGUACAACUACAGCUAUAUAAGAAUCUUCACUUAAAAAGGUUCAUAAGGAACAAACAUACUGUAGCUGAAUGGUGACAAGUUAUGUUUUAAGGAAGUAAGACUAUUUAAAGUGGAUAUGCUUUGUUCCAUAGAGUGACCCACUUCUCAAUUUUAACUAGUGUCAUAGACUCUGAACAGAUUAAUCACAUCUAAUCUUGAACGUAUUUGUUGCUUUUUUUUUUUAAUUCUUAUAAACUACAUUGUCAGUUCACUAAUCAGACGAGCUGGUAAAUAGAAUGAACACAAAAUCGCUGAAAUCUGUAAAAACGCUCUCUGUACAGAGAUCAUGUCUCUAGCCGAUACUCGAGCUAUACUCUGGUCUGAUGAGAUGCCUUCAGUUAUAAACCAUUUACAUAAAUGCAUGUUUGAAUUAGCCACAACAGAUGAUCUGCUUCUGUUUUGUGUUUACAGAGCUGUUAAUCUACAGCCAUUUUUUUCCCAUUUGUUUAUCAGCUUCUGCUACUGGAAACACAAUGUUGGGUCCAAAUCCAGAUCACAUUGGGCCGGUUGACGACCCCUGAUCUAGAGGACAGGAGUAGAUCAGAUUUGUUUGUAGAUUACCAAUCACUGUGUGUGACAUGUCUGUUUGUCUUGACUACAGCCUGUGUGAUUCUUGAAGCAGGGUCCAAUCAAGUGGUACAUUUGGAGAUGAUAAAAUCUUCCUCUCUUAUUUAUAACGCAGAAAAGUAGAAAUUGUGCAACACUUGUGGAGACAAUUUUCAUCCUUCAGCCUUUUGUUGUUUCCUGCCUACCUGCGAAAUACAAUACUACACAAAA